GGGAAAUUAUAAUCAAUCUCUCUAUCUAUAUCCAUCAGUUUCUCUCAAUUUCAAUCUGCAUUCUUCUUCAACACAUUUCCCCUUUCCAUUCAAUCUUUUCGUGCACGCUUUCCCCUCUCAACCAUGGUUUCCGAUUCGAUCCCCAUUGCAGCAUCAAACAACAACGACUUUGCAAAGACGAAGAGGGUGAAUUGGACUGCUAAUUGCUAAAUUGAAGCAGAGCAAACUUGAUGUUCGUCGGCUUUCGAGUUUCGAAUGGUGGUUUCUUUUUAUCUGCAUGGAUGAAUUAGUUAAUAUUUAUCAGUGAAAAACAAAGGGUUAGGGUUUAAGGAAGAAACAAAUGCUUCUGGUGCUAUGAAAAAAAUGCCUUCUCCAGAGACACACGAAUUCGACGAGAGAGACCUUCCAAUGGCGAAAUUGGAAAUCAGUGUUGAUGUGGAAGAGAACAAGGGUUUGACGAGCGAUUCGGAAUCUCCCACCAGCAGUCCUACUAGUAGUAGAAGCAGCUGUAGCAGUGGCAGUGGCGGUUGUUUUUCGAGAAGCAUCACAGAUGAAGAUGACGGUGAUCAUGACGAUAACGAUAAUGAUAAUGAUAAUGACGACUGUUUGGAUGACUGGGAAGCUAUGGCUGAUGCUUUAGCAGCCGAUGACAUUCAAAAGAAUCAUAAUCAGGAGUACCCUGUGCAUGAAACCUCAGCCAAGAAGCCAGAGCCAGUUACGAUUAAAACGGGUCAAGUGGAUUUCCGGGCACCUGUUAGUUUUCGGGCCUGGAGGCUUGAUGAUGCUUCGCGUCCUCAAAGUCUGCCAAAUUUGCUAAAACAAAAUCGUUUCCCCAUGAAAUCAAGAGGUGUUCAGUUUGCUCCAUCAUCUUGUCCUAUAUGUUGUGAAGAUUUAGACAUAACCGAUUCAAGUUUUCUUCCUUUCCUGUGUGGGUAUAGACUCUGUCUUUUCUGCCACAAGAAAAUUCUUGAAGAUAUUGGUCGGUGUCCUGGAUGCAGGAAGCAGUAUGGCCAGAUUGACCACAGAACCACGCCUUUCAAGCUGACUCGUUAUUACAGUGUGAACCCGCCGCAUUAGAAGUGGUUAUUCCUUUCAAGCUGUCUCGUUUGGAUGGUUAUUCCUUUUUUGUUCACUGUCAUGCUUGUUUGGUUACUCAUAGACAUCCGCACUAGUGCUAGGUUUGUUAAUACAGGCGUAUGACUUUAGGGUUUGGGAGUUCAUGUCAGUUAAUCCGUAAGGUGGUAUAUAAAAUGAUCACGUCCUUUCUGAAUGGAAUGCUAAUUGCAUCUUUUUGGUUUGAUUUUGUCAUUAGUUUAGAGUGAUUGAACUUUGAAUUUCUUGUUAAUACUAUAUAAGGAAGAUAGGAACGAUUAUGUUUUCAUCCA